UCCCCUGCCGUCAGAAAUGGCACAAAGAUCCCACCACCGGUACUGGUGUAAUUUCCUUAGGUGAUAUUUUGUACCCAAGGCCUGGGUUUGGGUGUCAGAUCUGAGGUUGAAUCCUACUUCUCGUGGCCAGGAUAAUCGGAAACCUCUUUGACCUCUCCUAAUAAAUUGAAAAACUACACAAGGAACUUUCCUGGUGGUCCAGUGGUUAAGACUCCGAGCUUCCACUGCAGGGGGCAUGGGUUCGAUCCCUGGUCAGGGAACUAGGAUCCUGCAAGCUGAGAGGUGCAGCCAAAAAAACAAAAACUGUACAAAACUACGGAAGCCAGUCAGCUCGGGUAUCCUCAGUCCUUGAAAGAAAACACCACCCCUUUGUAUUUCCAGCCACAGAAAACCCAGUAAAAUCUUGUAAUCUGAACCCAACAAAUAGGUUCCCUCCGUACAGAAAGGCUUCUCCUGACCCGUGGAUUCAGGCUUCAUGAUUUACUGUGUUUUUACUUACUAACUUGUGGGGCAAAGAGGUCCUUCUCUGUGUACAUUUAAAGUGAGAUAGAAUGUGUGUGUUCAGGAGAAUUAAGUCAUAGACUCUCAUGACAAGGUGCCCAUAACGACGUCCUGGAGCUGCGUGCUCACUUUCGAGUGAGAACAGAUCAAGCGCAGAAUCGUGGGCUGAAUCCGUUUUCUGGUUCACAGUUCAGUGCCUUCUGCUACCAACACCUUCAGAGGCAAAAGCAUUCAGAAAGCACCCUAAGCCCAGUAGUAUCUGAUGUUUGCAAUAGCAUCUGUUGUAUCACUAAAUGUUUCCCCUGCUUUUGCUGCAUGGAGGAGCUGAUACAAGCAACCUCCCCCAACCCCACCCCACGCCCUGCCAGUGUCUUUUCCAGACUCAUCCCAGGAUCCCAGUGUCCCAGGACGCUCACCUCAAACACAGGAAAGUUGAAGUCUUACAGGACUGGCAUGCAUCUCAGAGGCGGUUUUUCUUGCCUUCCUGCUGCCUACCCGACCGCCACCUGGUGGCAGCACUGGACUCUGCAUCUCUCCCGGGUUCCCCGAAUCAGCGGCGGCCCCUUGGAAAACCACUACAGACUAAAGCAGUUCCACUUCCACUGGGGAGCAGUGAACGAGUGGGGCUCAGAGCACAUGGUGGAUGACCACGCAUAUCCGGCAGAGCUGCACUUGGUUCACUGGAACACUGUGAAAUACCAGAACUACACGGACGCCGUGAUGGGAGCAGAUGGCUUGGCGGUGGUAGGCGUAUUUUUAAAGCUGGGGGCCCGCCACGAGGCGCUGCAGGAGCUGGUGGCAGUCUUGCCGGACAUAAAGCACAAGGACACGCGAGCAGCCCUGGGCCCCUUCCAGCCUUCCUGCCUGCUGCCUGCCUGCCAGGACUAUUGGACGUACCCGGGCUCCCUGACCACGCCGCCACUGUCCGAGUCGGUCACCUGGAUCAUCCACAAGAAGCCCAUCGAGGUGGCUCAGGACCAGCUGGCCGCCUUUCGCUCGCUCCUGUUUUCUGUGCCUGGUGAAGAAGAGAAGACGAUGGUGAACAACUACCGUCCACUCCAACCCCUGAUGAACCGGAAGGUCCGUUCAUCCUUCCAGGCCACUCACAAGAGAGCAAGACUCUAAAUUCACUCUGUCCAUGCUAACAGGUAGAACUGACUUUAACAAGAGAAAGUGUUUUCUCUUGUUUCCUGGGCUUCACGGUCUGAUCGUGUGUAACCUCUGAAAUUAAAAAGAGAGGAAAAGGU